UUAUUAACGUAGCUUGCCGGAGCGAUGUCAAAGUUGUCCGUCGUGAUCGUCGAGAGCUGAAUAGUUGCUAUGUCUCCAACUAUGACAGCUGACGCUUGACGGGCCGAAACUCCGGCCGUGCCAAACUGUUGAUACACUAUUCGGGCGUCUUGUCUCAACUCCUCAUUCUGGGCAUUCCUAUAUACGCAUUGCAUACCGAUUACGGACGAAUGGCAUCAGUAAUAGACUUGCAUGAUAUUAUAUAAACAAAUUUGGCAGACCAGCAUUCAACUUUAAUGCCAAUUACUUCACAAUUACUUGUACAUAUCAGACACCAGCGCGAUACGUCCAAGUUAUAUGAUAACUCCCAUCUAAGUAUCCUCGAUGUCUUCAGAUCUUACCAACGUUUUAAUCUCCUGCCACUGCGGUGCCGCGAAGCAGACGGUGACCAUAGGCUUUGAGUCACAAAAGACAGCAGGACCACAAGAUACAAGCAUCGACCACAGUUACGAUUACCGUCACAACACCGGCCUACUAUGCGCUUCGUAUGCACCUAUCCAAGUCCCAAAUUUACUCAACAACCUCGUCGCUUAUCCUGAAGUGUCUCCUGAUACCGAUUCUGUUACUACUCGACACUACUUCUGCAGUACUUGUGGUUGCCACGUCUUCAGAAGACGACACACCCCUACUGAAAGGGAAUCAUGGGGCGUAGCCACGGGGGUCAUUGCAGGAAGGGUUGGAGCUGACGGACAGCUGAUAGAAACCGAUGACCGAGAUUUGCUAAGGGUCUAUGGGUAUACGGGCGUUGCCGAAACUAAGGACGGUGGCCUAGCUCCAUUCAUACACGAAAGCGUAGGAAAUGAACUUCCCACACCGGGCCCGGUGAAGGGAGAAGCAAAGGGUGGAGGUGAGGAUGUACUCGAAGCGCACUGCCACUGCAAAAACGUCCAAUUCAGCAUCACCCGCCCUGAUGCAUCAAGUCAUCUUCCGCGCUCCAAUUUCCCAGAUCUCAUAACACCAUAUGCUACCUCACUGAAUCAAGAAUACACCAACCCACAAGACGAAAAGUGGUGGCUCCGUCCACGCAGCAAAGAUGAUUCAACCUUGACCCGGUAUCUAGCAGGGACUUGCGCCUGCCGCUCGUGCCGAUUGAUUUCCGGCUUCGAGAUCCAAGUAUGGGCGUUUAUACCACGGAGUAACAUAUUCUUCGUCCCUCCUACUACCGCUCCUUCAUCCACGCUUAACACCAUCCCACUCGACUUCACCACCCUCCCAUCAGGUAUCCUCAAGUCCUACGAAAGCAGCCCAGGCGUACAACGAGAGUUCUGCCCCCGCUGCGGCGCCACGGUUUCCUGGCAUGAUCGCUGGCGGCCUGAGCUCAUCGAUGUGAGCAUUGGGCUACUAGAUGCCCCCGAGGGAGCGUUGGCGGGGAAUUGGUUAGAUUGGUGGCAUGGCCGGGUUAGUUUCGAAGAGGAUGCAGAUAAUGGACGGGUUGGAGGGGCGGCGCGUUGGGCUACGGGACUCAUAGGUAAACUUGCGGAAGGGUUGAGAUCGUCGGAGAAUAGAGGGAGGGAAGGUUGAAAAGGAGGUCCCUAGGAUU